AUGGCAGGUCGAAAGUAUACUUUUGGAUGGAAUUUAAUUAUGGGUGCUUCUCAGUCGCACCCAAUUUUUUUGGCUCUUCAAGAUCUGCUUUUAUCAAGAAAAUUAAAGGUGAAUAAAUCCACUUUGAUGAGGUUUUUGAAUGAAUGCGACACCACCGUAGCUCCGUGGUUCCAGGUAUCAGGAAAUCUCACAGUAUCCUGCUGGGAUAAGCUUGGCAGAGACCUUGACUUUGCUCAGCAACAGGGAAUUUUGAAAAAGGGAGUGAAACCGAUUUGGAAGUUAGUGAGAAGCUGUUUGGAAGAUCAGAAAUGCUGUAAGGUAGUCGAAGAGGGACAAACGGUGUUAGAAAUGUUACAAGAGCAGAGAUCAGAGAGGGCUGCAAGUGAGAAGGGAGGGGAGAAAAGAGGGCCAUUAUACCCUGAUCCUAAGGACUUCGAGAACUCAGAGUACACAGACUCAGAAGGAGAGUUACAUGCUCUAGUAAAACAGCUAGAGAGAACUACUGUGAGGAAGAAAGAAAAGAAAAAGGAGAAGGAAAAACCCUCGUUGGAGGUCGCCAUUAAGACACUCUCAGUUCUUCCAGCUUAUCUUGAAGCCCCACAGGCUACUCCGCCUACUCAGCCAGCCCCUCCCCCGCCUUAUCUUGAAGCUGCACCAGUUACUCAGCUUGCUCCACCCUCUGGUGCAGGGAGAUCAUUUUGCCCAGGGAUAUGGACUCAGGUCAGGACUGAGUUGCAGUUUGCCUACCCUGUUUAUCAAGAUCCACAGGGGAAUAGAUAUGAAGAACCACUCGACUUUAAAAUAGUAAAAUCUCUUGCUGAGUCGGUUCGCACUUAUGGGAUUUCUGCUUCAUUUACCAUAGCCCAAGUAGAGGCACUGAGUAGGCACUGCAUGACUCCUAGCGAUUGGUGUUCACUGGCCCAUGCCUGCUUAAGCCCAGGACAAUAUCUGGAUUGGAAAGCAUUCUUGAUUGAGAAUGCAACUGAGCAGGCAGCAGUUAAUCUGAGAGCUAGCAACCCAGCAGCCACCUGGGACAGAGAUAUGUUGCUUGGUCAGGGUAGAUUUGCUAACCAACAGACAGGCUACCCUGUGCAGGUUUAUGAGCAGAUUAAUCAGAUAGCUAGCAGAGCGCGGAAGUCGUUGCCAAAUAAAGGAGAAGUGAGUGGCAAUCUGACCAGGAUCCUGCAGGGGCCCAUGGAACCAUUCUCAGACUUUGUGGCCCGCAUGGUGGAAGCUUCAGGGAGGAUCUUUGGAGAUCCUGAUAUGGCCAUGCCUCUCAUCAAGCAAUUGGUCUAUGAACAAUGCAAAAAAGAAUGUAGAGCUGCUACCACCCCAUAUAAGAACAAGGGGCUUGAGGCUUGGAUGAAAGUAUGUAGUGAGUUAGGAGGGCUGCUUACUAACGCAGGACUUGCGACUGUGGUGGUUCAACUAACUCAGAAGAAGGGAAACACCUUGGGAGUGUGUUUCAAGUGUGGACAGCCUGGCCAUUUAAAGAGACAGUGCCCAGAAAGGGGAAAACACACAGGAUAA